CUCCCCGGAAAAUGAAAAUGACAUUAACCAAGAUGGCGCCGGGCGACACAGAAAAGUGAUGCGAGAAGAGAACAACAAACGACUCAACUACACAGCGGUGUGCAUUUAUUUAGCCCGGGCGACCGUUUCAAGCCGGACUCCAGCUCGUUACCGAGAAACUCGCGGCCGCCUCCUGGCAGAGCGCAGCGGGAGUCCGCGUUAGCCAGCUAACUGUUCGCUAAGCGGCUAGCCUAGCUUGGCUAGCUAACUGCGGAAGGCGAGUGAGGAGCAGGCAGCUCGAAGUAACCUACGAGCCGACAAGUCAAGCGGGGCGUUUUAAGCGAGGCGUUUUGAGUACAGUACCAGUUCUCCAGUACGCAUCGGGUCCAGACCAGCGGCCUGUGAGGAAACUAACGUUACACCUUUGUGAAGGAACGCUUAAGAAGACGAGGAAAAGGCGUCAUCGUUGCUGAUCUGACGCCAUGGCUCACUCUCCUAUUCAGGGUGGCCUGCCCGGGAUUCAGAAUUUCCGAGCUGACCCAGAGGAGCUUUUUACCAAGCUGGAGAGGAUAGGAAAGGGCUCGUUUGGUGAAGUUUUUAAAGGUAUCGACAAUCGAACUCAGAAAGUUGUGGCCAUUAAAAUUAUUGAUCUGGAGGAAGCGGAGGAUGAAAUAGAAGAUAUUCAACAGGAAAUCACAGUCCUCAGCCAGUGUGACAGUCCCUUUAUCACCAAGUAUUUUGGAUCUUAUCUGAAGGGUACAAAGUUAUGGAUUAUUAUGGAAUAUUUAGGUGGAGGUUCAGCUCUUGAUUUGCUGGAACCAGGUGCACUGGAAGAAACGCAGAUUGCUACAAUCCUCAGGGAAAUCCUGAAGGGCCUCGAGUAUCUGCACUCUGAAAAGAAAAUCCAUAGAGAUAUCAAAGCCGCCAACGUGCUGCUGUCAGAACAAGGUGACGUGAAGCUGGCAGACUUCGGAGUGGCAGGACAGUUGACAGACACGCAGAUAAAGAGGAACACGUUUGUUGGGACACCUUUCUGGAUGGCGCCGGAAGUCAUAAAACAGUCUGCCUAUGAUUCAAAGGCAGACAUCUGGUCUUUAGGAAUAACAGCAAUAGAGCUGGCUAAAGGAGAGCCGCCUCAUUCUGAGCUUCAUCCUAUGAAAGUGUUAUUCCUCAUCCCAAAGAACAAUCCACCAACACUGGAAGGAAACUACAGCAAACCACUUAAAGAGUUUGUUGAAGCCUGUUUAAAUAAGGAGCCUAGUUUUAGACCGACUGCCAAAGAGCUGUUAAAACAUAGGUAUAUUGUAAGGCAUGCCAAAAAGACGUCAUUUCUGACAGAGCUGAUCGACAGAUACAAGAAGUGGAAAUCGGAGCAGUCUCGGGAAGAAUCCAGCUCUGAUGAAUCUGAUGAGGAGCCAGACGGCCAAGCAUCUGGAGGAGACGGUGCUGCCAGUGAUGACUGGAUUUUCAACACCAUCAGGGAGAAGGACCUGAAAAAGUUUCAGAAUGGGGCAGCGCAGCCUGCUGAGCGUGACAGGAAACAAGUGCAGCAGGUGCAGGACAGUCCAAAGAGGCCUUUGUCACAAAGCGUAUCGUCAAUCUUUUCCCCAUUGUUUACUGAGUUGAAAAAGAAAAAUGAGACGAGCAAUGGCAAGCCAGAGGUUGCAGAGGAGUUACGGGAGGCCAUUUUCUUAGCAGAAGAAACACACCCAGGCAUCUGUGACUCCCUGGUGGCUGAACUAGUGCAGAGACUUCAGAGGUUUUCUGUGCCACAGGCGGCUGCCAAUCAGUGAGAGGAGCUGCGUCCAGCUCUGCUCUAAUUUUCCACCCUGGUGGCAGCAGUCAGAUCUUUUUCACUGACCUCCACACUUAGGAUGAAGUCUCCCAGGAAGGUCUCCGCCAUUUGUUUGCCUGAAGCAAAUCUUGGCCUAGUUAAUGUCUGUCUAUGUGCUACCUACAGACGGUCCCAUUGCAGUACAGUGAGUGGCAAAGCAGUUGCCACCUGCUAUAAGAUGUCCUUUCUCAAUACCUCCUUUACAGCUCUUUUAUUUUGAGGGCAAGGAGUCUUGAGUUUGUAGUGAUUUUUGUGGCUUUUUCACAGAAUUUACUCUCUUAGGCAUUCUUUUGGCGAAAGUUCUUUCUUAUCAGUUGUGUGCAUGCAUGUGUGACUGCGCUAAGAUAUCCUGAAGAGUGACAGUGGGUUGAAGCAUUAUAUUGAAAACUCAGGUAUCCUGCAUUAAGUGGAUUGGAUCCUCUGGGAGAUGGAAAGAGCUCUGCAGGGUGGCUGUACAGUCCUGUAAAUAGUCACAUUUCUAAAUAUUCAUGAAAAAAUAUUGGAGAGUUUGUAAUGGAACCACUGUGUACAAAUGGCCAAAUGCAACAUGUAGAUAAUGGUUGAGAGGUAAAUAUUUUGAGAGACUAAAAUGGCCAUAAAUGAGAUUGCCUUGCCUUUGUACUUCUUUUGUAUAUCAGUCAUUAAUUUUUCAAGUUGUAAAACUUCUUAAAUACUUAUCCAGUGAAUGAAAAUGGCUGCCCUCUCGCUUGUUAUCUAUUGAUUUAUCAUAUAUUUCUUAAUUCUUAAAUUUUGGUUUCACAUAUGAUGCUGUGGCUGUAAUGAUUUUGUAGAAUGUACACACAAGGCUGGAUCAUCCAAGCUCCCGCUCAUUUUAAACAAGGGAUGCUCUUUCCAGCUGUAAUUCCACAAGGCCUCAAGCUGUGUUGCUUUGUUGAACUUUGCCUCACCCUCUUGUUGUUGUUGUUGUUGUUUUCGUUUUGUUUUGCGUGUACUUGAUUGAUCAGUUAAACUGAUGUCUAAUCUAUUCAUUCCAUUAACAAAGGGCAGUGCCAUCAUGUACUUUGUAAAUCCGCAGUCUCUCUUAGUCUUCCUAGGAGCUGCAGUGGUACUGUCUAUUCUCAGUGUACCUACAGCUUUAAUUGCACUUCAGUAUAAAUGCCUUUUAACUAUAACAAAGUAGCCAUAAAACAGUAGCAUGAGACUUAGAGUAUUUUGCAAGAAUGCACCUAGGACAAAAGAAAGGUCCACCUUAAGUCUCACAGCUUGGACUCUGCCGUUGGUGAUGCCUGGCUGUUCCUUUACAUUUGGACUUGUUACACCGCUCACAGAUGUACAUCUUAACAUGAAGCCAGGACGCGUCACUGCUGUUACUUGUGACUCUAGCUGGGGAUCGUGCGUGACAAUAGAAGCGGCCCCAGCCUACUGUUUGGCCUGCGCGGUAUGUGUUGUAGCAUACUUCUACGGGGCCGGAGGAAUGUUGAGCCCUGAAGUGAGUCGAAUCAGCCUUAGACUAUUUGCGAUGAAUAGGAUCAGCUUUAAAUUUUUAAGUCAAGUGUUUUGUUGCAGUUUCCCCAUGUUAUAAAUGCAUAUGCUGCAAAAACCAUAUUUCUUGUUCCUUGUAGAAUUCUGUGCGCAUGAACAAAUGGAGUCAUUUUAGUUCUGACAGGUGAAAUUUGUUUUAUGGGGUUGGUCGUUCCACUUGCCUCAGGGCAAAACAUGGUCCACUUACACAGUGGACGUUAGCACUGUGUAUGUAUUCACCACCUAAGAAAGAUUUGUAUUUAUAUCAGAGAUGUCAGUUAAACACACCCAGUGGCCACUUUAUUAGCCACGUAUGUACAAUCUGUUGCAACCCAGGAUUAACCGUAAAUUGAAUUUAAGAGAUAAUGAAGUUUUUUAGCAUCAUAGUAAUGCUUUUUUACUUUUAUUUGAUUAUACUCCAUUACAAUUUUACUUCUUUAUAGUGUUAAUAAAAUUUAAUAUACUUUUUCAACUCAAGUUAAAAGUUGAAGUGGUACGUUUUAAGUGGAGUAUAUUAGUAUUUAGUAGUACUACUGAUGAAUAUAAAAUGGAUUUCUCUACCAAUAUGACUAAACAUCUGCUUGUGGUCAUGGAUGCAGCGAGUGCAGGGUUGCGUUACAUUGUACAGGUGUGUCUAACAAAGCAGCCAGUUAGUUCAGUGAUUGACUAAUUCCAUCUACAUACCAUUAUAUGACUUUGCUUCGUGUGCACAGUUUGUGUGAAAAUGUGUCGGUACCACAGUUUAGCGCUUUGUGUCGGGCCAUUAUGGGUGAGGCUGCGGCAGAACCCACCCUGCAGUUCUUUACUUCAGGGCUGGCAGGUUCAUUUUAGUGGCUUUAGACAGAACCAGGUUUCCAGAACAUUACAACAUUAGGUUGUUUCCUUUUGCCAUAUAGUGUUGAUGCUCCCACAUACCUAAAGUAUAAAAUAAUUUGAGCAAUUAAGUUUUCCCAUAACAAAAUGAUUUAAACAGGAUAUUGCCACCACCUGGUUAUCAAAGGCGGUUGAACAUAGUCAGAAUUCUAUAAAUUAUAUUGAGAUAUUGAUAUUAAUGCUGUCUAAAUGAAUAGAGCUGUCCUGACUUUAUGUAUCCUACAUUUUCCUCUGUGUUUUAAACUUCUUAUAUGAAGUGUGCCAUGUAAACCUUUCGACCCGAGCUGAGACAAAUUCAGUACAACCUGCACCUUCUGUCAAAAGUGACUCUCUUUGUAAGUCUUGGACUCAGUUUUAAUGGUACGUCCCAUGGCAAAAACAUUACGUUGCAGUUCUAUCCCCGAUCCUUUGUGUGUGUGUGUGUGUGUGGCAAUAAAGCAGUGUGAUCGCAAGGAGUCAUUUCUUAGCACAAAUAGCCGUCUAUUCUCUUAAACUAUUUUUAUAGCCCCAGAAGAGCAGUAUUAUCUAAUAGAGGGAGUAAAGUUUGGUUCUGUGAUGUGUUAAAAGUUUCACACUGGAUCGCGGCCGCUCAGAGUACACAUUUCAUUUUGUGUGACUUUGCUGACAGUUUAUAGUCCAGUAUACAUGUUUGGACAGCAGGACAGCGCUCUUGGAUAUUUGGUCAAAUGAUUAAAGGAGAAAAUAAAAAGUGAAGUACA